CCACGAUCUUAUGGUGUAGGAACAUUUAAGAAGUAGAAGGCUUCUUUAGCGGUGAAAUUGUACAAGGUGUGAAGAUGGAGGAGCAUAGAAAGCUACUGCCCAAUGCUACUGUAGAAGAAUAUAAUUACUUCGAGGAAGAUUUUGUGUUCCAGGGUUUAUCAUGGAAGAAAAGGCAAGAAUUUGCAGAAGACACAAGUUUCCUUUCACCCUUUGAUAAAGCACUGCAAAGUAAAUGGGAGGAGAAGAUGAAUGAGGGUUUAUUUCGUUAUCCCCUGAGAAACGUGCAGACCAAGAUAUUGCCUGGCUCUGUGAGCUAUGUGGCCCAACUAAAUAUCCAGAGAAGUAUAAACAGGAGAAAGCCGGAAGACAUUUGGAGCGUCCAACAGAAAUUUAACCCCAACCAAUUUAAUUAUAAUAAGAUUAAAUCAGAGGAAAUAGUGUUUCAGAUGAUCAGAUCAGAAGCUGAGCAUUCUGUUGACUCACACAUAGUUCAGGGUUCUAUGGUUAAUGGUAUGGGUUCAUCGGAAUGUAAAUCUGGAUCCACUCCCCAAGGAAGUUGCACACUGGAAUGCAAAAGUAGCUGCACUUUAGUUGUGAUCAAUGUAUCCCCUCUUGAAUUUGGCCAUGUUUUAUUUAUGCCAGAUCCUUCCCUUUGCUUGCCUCAAAUUCUCACUGAGAAUCUUAUGUUGUUUGGUAUGGAAUCUGUUUUUCUAAGCUCCCAUCCUGGGUUUAGGGUUGGGUUUAAUAGCCUUGGAGGGUUUGCUUCUGUAAACCAUCUACAUCUGCAUGGGUUUUAUCUAGACCAUGAACUUCUUAUAGAGUCUUCCUGCAGCAAGCCUCUAUGUCCCGAAAUAAAUUUCCACUUGGUUACACAUUUCCCUGCUCCUGGAUUUUUGUUUUACACAGAUGGCAAGGACUUGAAAUCUACUGCCCAGAAGAUAUGCAAGGUUACAGAUUUUUUGGUGGCCAAAAAUAUAGCGCACAAUUUGUUUGUUACCAGGGGCAGUAAUCCAGAUACAGGAAAAGUUUCUGAAGAUAGAAAUGGGAUUCGAGUUAUUAUUUGGGCAAGGAAACCAAGUUUUGGGGCCAAAGAGGUAUCAGCUUUCAAUGUGGCACUGUGUGAGCUAGCAGGCCACCUGCCUGUCAAAAAUCAAGAGGAUUUCAUUAGCAUUACAGAAGAUUCUGUCAUUGCCAUUAUUCAUAGUUGCCUCUUGGCUGAUGAUGAAUUUACUCAGCUAUCCUUAGAUCUAGUACAGCAUUUAAGAAAACAAUGAUUAAUGUAAAGAAAUCUGUAGACAAUAAACUAUGUAUAAAACAAGAA